UGAGGCUUCUCGACCGCAUUGCGGUCGUGGUGGGGACUCCCUCGUCGUGUUCGUGUGGUCCUCUUCUGUGCUUUCGCUUAGAAAAGCCGGCCCUCGGUGGGGGAGCCCGCAGAGAGCGCGAUGGAUGCGGUGCUGUGCGACGAGUUGGUGCAGGAGAUUCUCCGGCGACUGCCGCCGUCCUCCGCCCCCUCUGCUUCCCUCGUAUCCAAGCGGUGGCUCUCCCUCCUCCGAUCCUCCACCACCUCCCUCUCCCUCGCCGUCCGUCCGCGUCUCCCUAAUUCACCGUCGCUCUCCUCCAUCCUCGCCCACUACCCUUCCGUCUCCGACCUCACCGUCGUCUCCAAUCGCGCGGAGGAAGAAGAUGAGGACGGCGGCGCCGACGCGCUAGUGUUCGUUAUUGCUUCCGCCGCUUGUAACCGCCGCCUCACCCGAUUAAGACUCAUCCCCGCCGCCCAGGUCUCCCCUUCCGUUCUCCAAUCAUCCGCCGCCGCCUUCGCCUCCCUCACCUCCCUCCAGAUCGCCUCCCUGUUUCCCCUCUCCUUCCGCUGGCUCGCCGCCCUCCCCUUUCUCAAAUCCUUCUCCCUCGUCCGCUCCCGCGCCAAACGCCCCCGUAUCCAAGAACUUCCCGAUGAUGAUGACGACGGUGAAAACGCUAUCGUGAUGCUGCCGCUUGAGAGUCUGUCGUUGUCCGGGAUUUACGGCUCCGAUCGCGGCCUCUCCUGGCUGUGGCGCCGCUGCGGCGGUCUCCGCUGGCUGCAAUUGCGGGCUUGUGAGGGAACCGGCGAUGGCGCCUCUUCGUCGGCUUUCCCCCUCUGCCUCACCGGCCUUCUCGGGCUCGAGCUCCGCACCUGCCGCUCCAUCGCCGACCGCGUCCUCCUCCUUGCUGCCGAUAGAUGCCGCAACCUCGCCUCCUUCCUCCUCUACGACGGCGGCAGCCGCGACGCCCUUCACCACUUCAUCCACCGCCGCGGCGCCGCGCUCCGCACCCUCGACCUCCGCCUCCCGCUUGACCUCCACAACGACCAUCUCUUCGCCAUCGCAGCGGAAGAUCGCGAUCGCUACCGCCUCUGCCACCACCAGCUCGCCUCCCUCCGCCUCCAUAGCUGCUGCCUCGUCACCGGAGAUGGGCUCCGCUCCCUCGCUCUCUCUCCGGCUGGCGCCGCUAUUGAAGAGCUCGCGCUGGUGAACUGUGACGUGGUGGAGCGCGAGCCUGGGCUACUCACCUUCCUCAGCCAGAGCAUGCAUCGCCUCCGGCGGCUCGACUUGUCGCACAACGAGACGAUGACCGACAAGGAGGUGGGAUCCAUGCUAGCUUCCUGCAAGAAUCUAGUAGAGAUCAGGCUCAAAGGUUGCAGAACCCUGACCGGCGAUUCCCUGAACUCCUUGCUCAAGCACUGUGGCAAGCAGGUGGAGCUGCUAGACAUUUCGCGAUGCCCAGCCAUCGGAAACGAAGCAAUUGAUAAAUUUGUCACCAACGCCGGCCGGUUGAGCCAGUUGAUCGUGGAGGAGGACAAAGUGACUGAAGCAGUCAGAGCUUGGCUAUCGCGGAAAGCCAUUAGGCUCAGUUAAUCGAGCAAUGAAGGUACACAUUUCAAGCUCAAAAAGAUCCUAUUUUUCCUUCCUGCUCUCUGAUAAAUUAUCAAGUUCUUCAGUCGUCUAUCCUGUAAAUUGAAGUCUCAUCUUCAUACUAUACUAUGAACUGGACUUUCAUGAAUAUACGAUCACUUCAAUUAUUAUACUCUGGUUUGAAGUGUUUGAAUACUCGUCAUCAUGCUUGUCUCUGCUUCAUUAAUUCAAAGAAAAAAAGUAUGAUACUGACCUUGGUGUCUAAAAAAAGUAUGAUACUGACCUCUGUUGGAUCAGUCGAAAUCAACCAAUAUAAGAAUAUUAUCUUGUAACUCAUAUUUGGAUUCUAUCUGCUAAUCAUUAGGAGAUAUGUAGUAAGUGGGAUGUAAUUGUAGUCAAAGAAAUCGAUAUGUAUUCGAAUGAUAUAUUUGUGUAUGUUCCAAUUCUAAUUGUCAAUCUUAA